AUGCGGUUAUCCGACCACGUAGUCGUCUGUUCGAGUCAACAGACCGGCGGCAGCGGCGGCUGUGAACAAGCGCUAGGCGUUUGUCGGAUUCGUGACGUGAAUCGACCGACCGUUUCACAGGACGAUGUGACCGUAAGCGACGACACACCGGCUCUGUACGUCGGAGGCACCGACGUUAAGGGCGAGAUCCGCUCAGCGGUCGUACCCGACAGGAUAUCGUUGUUAGGGGCCGCCUUUAUCCCUCUGUUCCUUCACAGCUUCUGUCGAGGUGGUCCUCGUUUAGUUGGGCGGGGCCUCUAUAGCAGGUUUCAAACACACCCGUUCAAACAGUUGCUCGAGAGCAUUGUUUACAACUUCUCUUCAACUCGAGCACAUGGACUUGAACUUUACUACUACCUUGCCCUGAUCUUGCCUCAACAACAAGUUCGUCGUCGAUCACCACACCUGGCAAACGGAUCGAUCGAUUGGUCGCCCUCGCCGUCGAUCGUCGUCAGCAACGGCGUCGGCGUUUCUAAGGCGGAAGACUCACUUCCAGACGUAGCGUUUUUUACACUUAUUGAUGGAUAUGAGUUUUCGACGAAUCGACAAGAAACAACACGCCUGAAUGAUUUACGGAAAUCAGAUGAUGCUGGCGAAUGCGGAUUCGGCAUCGUCAUCUAUCGAUCGCUCUUACGACGUCAUCGUCGGUCGGCUGUUGCUGACGGAAGGAAGUGGACAUCGUGA